AUGGCUAAUGUCGAGCUCCGGCGCAAGAACGCCGCGCCCCAAGACUCUAGCCAAGUCACCGCGAAUCUCAUCGCCCGCGAGUCCUUCUCUUUAGACGACAAGAUUCCGAAGACACCCAUUGCGAACAAUCAUGGAUUUUGGGAAUUACCUGUAGUAGACCAGCGGAAUUUCCUGCUGUUAGUUCUAUUAUACUUCCUUCAAGGCGUUCCCAUGGGUCUGGCGAGUGGCUCUGUGCCCUUCCUAUUGAAAGAACACCUAUCAUUCGGCGAAAUCGGCGUGUUCAGUUUGGCCGCUUACCCAUACUCGCUGAAGUUGUUUUGGAGUCCCAUUGUCGACGCCGUGUGGAGCCCUAGAUUUGGCAGGAGAAAGAGCUGGAUUCUUCCCAUUCAGUUGAUUUCGGGCUUGAGUAUGUUGUGGCUGGGUUCCAAGAUUGAUGUUCUCAUGGCGACCACCGGAAAACCAGGCGGACCAAGCGUUUGGAACUUCACGGGUUGGUGGUUCUUUCUCGUCUUCAUGUGCGCCACUCAGGAUAUUGCUGUGGAUGGUUGGGCUUUGACCCUGUUGACACCCGGCAACGUGUCUUACGCUUCGACGGCGCAGACCGUUGGUCUUACGGCUGGUCACUUCUUGUCAUACACUGUAUUCCUGGCGUUCAACUCGGAGGAUUUUGCCAACAAGUAUUUCCGCUCGGUACCUGCGGAAGGGGGUCUCAUGGAUCUAGGCGGUUAUCUGACCUUCUGGGGCUGGGCGUACAUCGCCAUCACUGCCGGUCUUGCGCUGCUCAAAAAAGAGGAGAAGACACAGAAUGAGGAUGGCAUCUGGGAUGUCUAUAAGAUCAUGUGGGAUGUUCUUAAGCUUAAAAACAUUCAAACAAUCAUUAUUGUUCAUCUGAUCUCCAAAAUUGGAUUCCAGGCCAAUGAUGGCGUAACAAAUCUCAAACUUCUAGAGAAGGGAUUCGGUAAGGAAAACAUGGCUUUGACGGUUCUAAUCGACUUCCCAUUUGAGAUUGGUCUGGGAUACUACGCGGGCAAAUGGUCCCAGGAGUACACCCCGAUGCGCCUGUGGUGCUGGGGCUUCAUUGGCCGGCUUGUAGCGGCAGUCAUUGGGCAGAUUACGGUCAGCAUCUUUCCAGCAAAUGGCGUAAAUGCCUGGUACCUCCUCCUCGUCAUUGGCGAACAUGUCUUCUCGACCUUCACGCAGACUGUAAUGUUCGUGGCUGUGUCGGCCUUCCAUGCCAAGGUUGCGGAUCCCGUCAUCGGCGGCACUUACAUGACCUUGCUCGCGACGGUAUCCAAUCUUGGUGGCACCUUCCCCAGAUACUUCGUCCUCGGAUUAGUAGACUCGUUCACACAAGCAACAUGCCAGCCUCCCUCGGAGAAGCUGGACACCUCAUUGUUGAAGGGACCCUUAGUGACUGAAGCAUUCUCCUGCGCUGUCCAGGCUGAAAAAGAGCGAUGUACACAUGGGGGUGGCUCGUGUGAGAUUAUCCAUGACGGCUACUACAUCGUCAACAUACUGUGCGUCAUUGUCGGCGUUCUCACAUUUACAAUGUAUAUCCAGAAAAAGGUUAUGGCCCUCCAGAGCCUCCCGUUGCGAGCUUGGAGGCUAAAUUCGCAGAAGGCAUGA